UGCGCUUUGAGACCAAAACCGGCGGUGGCUUUCCGAGGGCGCCGUGAGCAUGUCGGGCAAGAUCCGCCACCACGGCGUGUUUGUUGUGCUCGCUGCUCGGGGAGGUGCAGCCCCAGCAGAUCGCUGGGUGAAUUCAUGGCACUGGGAUGAACUGGUUGGACUGGUCGUGGUGUGCGUCCUCAGCCUCCUGCCUCCCAGGGAGGCUGGAGGAGCUGGGGCUGGAGGAGCUGAGGCCAGCAAGGGAGCGGAGGUUUUGGGGACAGCUCUUGCUGGGGUCCAUCCUGUGCUUAGCAAGUCUGGAAGAGUUUGCAAAAUCAUCCCUCGCCGUGACAGCUGGGGACACCGAGGUGGCUGGGGCAGCCCCAGAGCCGCAAUGCCAGCACUGGCUCUGCAGGAGCCACUCAGGUGCAGCAGCAGACGUGCCACCCCGUGCCCGCAGCCUUGUGUCUGUCCCCCGAGCAGUGCUGAACCUCGAGGCGGCGGCGGGCGAGCUGCGGGACCCGUUAGCAGGGAGGCAGGAGGUAAAGGGGCAGAGUCUGACACUGGCUGAGCCUCCACGGCACAGGGCAGGGAUGGGGGCGGCUCCCCGUGGUCUUCACCCACAGCUGCUGUCACCUCGGCGCCCUCCCCGCACCCGCUGCCCCCUGCCGAAACGCCGGGCAGCAGCUCGGAGCCAGAGGUGACCAUUCCCGUAAUCACUGCGCUCCCGCCUGCCUGUGUCGCAAUCCAGGGAGAGGAAAUCUUAUGACAAGCAGUGGCAAAAACAGUUUCCUUUUCUAUAAAACUCUGCUGAACUCCGGCCACGCUGGGAAUGGAGCUGGGGUUGCUCACCAAAGAGCUCCUGACCUGCCUGGGGCUGCGCCAAGCCGGACCAACCGCCCGCACUAUCCGAGACUUGGGAUGCUCGGGCUUUGGGAUUCACAGGAUUUGGGCCACCUUUGCCUUCACAACUGGCCUUCGCGGUGGAAGUGCAUGGGCAUACCCAAACCCUGCUGUCCACUGCUGGCUCUGUCCUCUGCUUCAAUGGCAAAGCCACAGCGAGUGCUCCCAGCUCGAGGGAAUGCGUUUCCAACCCCCUUGAGUCUUUGGGAAGCUUCGCAGCAGCUGCUGCUGGAGCUGCUCUCAAGCUCCUUUAAGCACCAGAGCGCGUUGUGUUGGAGCUGGGAUGCAGCCACGCGCCAGCAGCCGCGCGCCUUUGCUCCCAGAGCCUCCAGGUACACGCCGGUGUCGACAGACGGCUCCCAAGAGCUGGGUGACAUGUGAACGCAGUGCCGGGAGCAGCAGCAGCUGAGAUGCAUUCGAGCCACGCCGAUGACCCCAAGGAAGUCAUACAGCUGAUCAAGAAGCAGCUGGUGAGCGCGAUCAAGGCGCUGCAGAAGCAGUACGUCUCUUCGGAUGCCGUCGUGACCAGCGACGAUGGGAACGCCAACACCCUCUGCAGUGCCCUGGAGGCCGUCUUUGUGCACGGGCUGAAGGCGAAGCACAUAAAGACAGAGACGGGGGGGAAAGGGAAGAAAGCAGGCGGCCGCCUGCCGCUUCCCCAGCCCGUCUUCUGGGGCCUGCUGAAGAGCAUCACGCACCGGAACAUUGUCUCAGAGCUGGAACAACUCAUUUUUAUCAACACGGAUGUCGGCCGCUGCCGGGCCUGGCUGAGGCUGGCUUUGAACGAUGGCCUCGUGGAGUGCUACUUGAAGCUGCUGCUGCGGGAGAGGCCGCGGCUGCCCGAGUACUACCAGUCCACGGCUCUGCUUUUGGACGCUGAGGAGUGCGAGUUCCUCCUUAGCUACCUGCAGGGCUUAACAUCCUUAACCUUUCAGCUGUCUUAUAAAUCGGCGGUGUUGAAUGAGUGGACUGUCACCCCUCUCUCCCUGUCCGGGCUGUGUCCUGUUUCGGAGCUGCUGGAGCCCCUGACGUCCUCGACAUCCGAGCCCCGGAGAAAAGCGUCGCUGGGUUCCAUCUCCCAGUCUUCGGGAUCGGACGAGAUUGAAAUUCAGCCCUCCGUCCUGCCCAUCAGCAAAGCCGGCGUCAAAACCAAGCUGACAUCGUCCUCGCUGAGCCUCAACACGACGGGCUCGUCCCAGCUGUCCUCCAGCCUCGGCUCCGACAGCGCCCUCCAGCCUCACUGCGCCCAGAGCCCCGAGCGGAGCGAGGAGCCGCUCUCCUGCGACUCCGACCUGGGCACGGCCACUGCCGAGGACCUGGACAAGUCACUACAAGAGGUGCUGUCCGAGUUCAGCAAAGCCAAGCCGAGCCACGACGCCCCACCAGACCAGCUCAUCCCCGCCGUGCUGGGGUGCUCCCCGCCGCAGCCCGGCUGCCCCCCAGCACCCCCGGCGCCCUCCGAGGAUGCUCGCCCGCCGCCGCCUCCCACCAGGCACAGGGGCAACGUCCGCACUCUCCCCCGGGGUGAUGCUGGCAUCCCAGCCCCGCGUCCCGGCGGCACCGAUGGAGCGGAGGAAGGCGGCUGCGGUGCGCUCAGCAGCAGCGAGGGCGGCCACGCGGUGCGCAGCCCCGCAGCCGAGUACCUCCUUUCUCCGCUGUCGGUUUGCCCGAAAAGAAAGAGUUGGAUCUCGGAAGAUGAUUUCUACAGGCCUUCUGCAGGAGAGAGUGGCAAAAGCCUGGCUGACAUCAACGGCUUCGUGCCAGACGGUGCUGGGGAGGGCCCGGCCCCGGGGCUGAUCAGUGCUCUCGACUUGGAAAGGCUGUCGGUGCCUUCCUCGCGGGGCGGGAAGCCCAAGCUGUCGCCCGAGCGGGAACAAAAGGGCUUCAGCGUCGUGCAUCGCCGGCAGAUGGGUCUUUCCAACCCCUUCCGAGGACUCCUGAAGCUCGGCACCCUGGAGCGGAGAGGAGCCAUGGGCAUCUGGAAGGAGUUUUCCUGCGAGCUGUCGCCACUGGAGCUCCGGCUCUUCCUGGACCACGAGGACCGCAUCUGCGUUGAGAGCUACUCACUGCUGCGGUGCGAGUCGCUGGCGCUGACGCACUCGGACGGACGCUUCGAGCUGGUUUUCCUGGGGAAAAAGCUGUACCUACGAGCUCCUUCUCGAGACGAGGCCGAGGACUGGCUGGACAGGAUCCGGGAGGCGCUGCAGAAGUGCCGGCCUCAGCUGGAGGAGGAGGAGUGGGAGACGCUGGAGUACCCCGAAGACAGCGGCGAAGGCGGCGAUCCCGCUGCUGUCCUCCAGUACAACGAAGCGCCUGGGACCAGCUUCGAUUGGACUUCGGCUCAUGAACCAGAACUGGAUGCAAUCAAAGAGUCUGUUCUGUACGUGGACAUAGACAAAACGUGGGUCCCUUUUAUUUUUUCCCUGUCACUGGAAACCUUAAAGUGCUUUAAGGUGAGGAACAACGACAAAAUCUUAAGCAACAGUUACGGCAUAGAGACGAUCCAGGACAUUCUUCCAGACACCAGCCUCGGGGGACCGGCGUUUUUCAAGGUGAUCACCUCCAAAGCCGUCCUGAAGCUGCAGGCUGAGAGCGCAGAAGAAGCAGCAUCGUGGAGGGAGCUGGUCCGAGGGGUGCUCGCCUCCUACCUGGAGGCGGCGGAGGAGGCGCUGACGCUGGGUGGCAGCUUGGACGGCAACUCCCAGGUCCUCCUGAAGAGCAUCGUGAAGGAGAACGGCUUCUUGCUGCAAUACCUGGUGGCCAUCCCUGUGGAGAAGGGCCUGGACUCUCAGAGCUUCAUCUGCGCAGGCUGCUCCAGGCAGAUCGGCUUCUCCUUCGUGAAGCCCAAGCUCUGCGCCUUCUCCGGUCUCUACUACUGCGACAGCUGCCACCGGGACGACGAGACGGUGAUCCCCUCGCGCCUCAUCCACAACUGGGACCUGACCAAGCGAGGGGUCUGCCGGCAGGCACUGAAGUUCCUCACGCAGAUCCGUAACCAGCCACUGAUCGACCUCAAGCUGGUCAACGAGAGCCUCUACGAUCAUGUGGAGAGGAUGAGGAGAAUCCUCCGGAGCAGGGAGCAGCUGAAGCUGCUUGGAGAUUACCUUAUCAUGUGCCGCAGCGGGGCCCUGAAGGAGCUGAGCAAGCGGCUUGAUCACAGGAACUACCUCUUGGAGUGUCCCCACAAGUACAGUGUCACCGAUCUGCAGCAGAUAGCUGACGGCGUCUUCGAGACAUUCCUGCAGUCUCUGAUCCAGUUCGCGUCCCAUCACGUCUACAACUGCGACCUGUGCACCCAGCGAGGCUUCAUCUGCCAGAUCUGCAACCGCAGCAACAUCAUCUUUCCCUUCGAGUUUGACACCACCACCAGGUGCAAUGACUGCAAAACUGUCUUCCACCGGGAGUGCCAGGCCAGUGCCCAGUCCUGCCCGCGCUGCGAGCGCCGCCGGCGAUACCAGCGGGAACAGGAGGUAGACGGUGCGGGGCCAAGCCUCUAGCGCAUGUGGACUGGCCCGAAGACAGCACUUGGCCUCUCCAAGAGUGCCGAGAGUCGGGGGCUGGCGUGCUUGGAGGUGUCGAGCAUGGACCCCAGGAGCUGCCGGUGCUGAGCAAUGAGCCAUGGCUGGGGGCUGCUCCUGCACCCAGGGACCCUGCAGCCUCCAGGGGCCGAGCCAGGGCAGCCAGAGCCGGCCGGGAGCGAGCUGGUGCUGUGUGGGGCCGGGGCCAGCAGCCACCCGCCGCCGAAUCCCCCAGCAGCGCUUCCCCCGGCAAUCGAGAUGCAGCGGCUUUCCCGGGUGCACGUCAGGAUUUCAAAUCAAGGGUGUGGAUAAACUGACAUUGAUUAAAGCUCUAGUUUUUUAGGAUGUUCGGUACAGAAAACCGCUAUUUUUAUAUGUAGGGGUUUUGCACAGAACUCGCUUGCCUGCUUGUGGGGGCACUAACGGCAGCCGCAGCACGGGGUCGGGGGGACGAAGUGACACUUGUGCCUUCAGCGAUCUGAGCGCGUGGGGCAGGCAGAGCAUCGCCUGCGGGGAGAGCCCACGGCACCGCGUGGCCUUCCCCGAGAGGAGAGCCGAGCUGCUCCCCCUGCCUGCUGAUUUUAAUCCUUGGCCAGUUGUGAGGCCACAAAGAACAUUUUAUUUUCGUUUCACCCCGGUGCAAAAAUGAUUAAAGUUUAUUUAACAACAAGUAAA